AUGAAAUCAUAGCUAUGACCGCACCCACCCAACAUCAGCAGACACUCGCCAGCUCAUCGAGUUAUAAUGUCAAGGACGAUGCCACACCCAUCAUUGGUCAGUACAAAGUACUCGAGAACAUUGGAGAGGGCUCGUUUGGCAAGGUCAAACUCGCCGUCCAUACUGUGACCGGUCAAAAGGUUGCGAUGAAGAUAAUAAAUCGCCAGAUGAUUGCACAGAUGGAGAUGGGAGGAAGAGUAAAGCGUGAGAUUGACUACUUGCGUAUGCUCAGACACCCGCAUAUCAUCAAGCUGUAUGAAGUUAUCACGACGCCUACUGAUAUCAUCAUGGUCAUCGAGUACGCGGCUGAUGAGCUGUUCAACUAUAUCGUCGCACACGGUCCACUCCCGCUAAAUGCCGCACGAAGGUUCUUUCAGCAACUCAUCUGUGCCAUCGAAUACUGUCAUAAGCAUAAGAUCGUGCAUCGUGACCUGAAACCAGAGAACUUGCUUCUCGACAGCGGGCUGAACAUCAAAAUUGGCGACUUUGGCCUCUCAAAUGCAGUCAAUGAUGGAGAAUUUCUGAAGACCAGCUGCGGGAGCCCCAACUACGCUGCGCCAGAGGUCAUCAGUGGAAAGCUGUAUGCGGGUCCAGAAAUUGAUGUCUGGAGCUGUGGGGUCAUUCUCUAUGUCAUGCUGUGUGGUCGCCUGCCGUUCGACGACGACUAUAUCCCCACGCUCUUCAAGAAGAUUAACGGAGGUCUGUACCACCUGCCUGCUCACUUGGACCCACAGACACGUCAGCUGUUGCAGUCGAUGCUAGUGGUGGACAGUAUGAAGCGCAUCACCAUCCCGCAGAUUCGCGCCCUCCCAUGGUUCAAUGUUGAUCUGCCCGAAUACCUAAAGCCCCAAAGCCCCGUCGUCGGCACUCUAUCGUCCCUCGUCUCCAGCAACAAAGGAAAAAUCCGCGGCCUUGGUGUGGUAGAUGAGGAGAUUGUGGACAAUCUAGCGGAGAAGCUCAAAGUGAGGAAGAAGGAUAUAUGGAAUGCGCUCAAGAUGGACCAGGAUAAUGGAAUAAAGGUCGCAUACAUGUUAGAUAGGGAUAAACGUAGGAUGAAUCAGCCGUACGAACUGGAAGAGGACGACGACACUCCUAUGGAAUGGGCUCAUAUUUUGACCCCCUCCCGUAGACAGGACAAUCCGCCAUCGGAUGAUGAGGACGAGGACGACGAUGAAUUUGAUGAUUGGAACGAUGAGGAAGCUGAUCACAAUUUUUCGGUCCUCGAAUCUUCUAUGCCUAUUGCUCCGGAGGGGGGGAAUGGGAUACAGCCCGAGAUUUCGAUCGAGCUCAACUCGGUCAAUGCCGCCCAGAAGGUUGCCCAAUCUGUCUUCAACAAUGGAUCUUCGAAUGGCGUUGGCGCGGUGCCAAUGAAGAAGAACCAGAAGCCAAAAUGGCACUUCGGAAUCCGUUCGCGUAGUCCACCCGGAGAAGUCAUGCUUGAGAUCUAUGGUACCCUUCAGGCGCUUGGGAUGCAGUGGAAGAGCCGACGAGAGUAUAGCGAUGACAAGGACGCGAAAGAUAAAUCAAAGGAAAAACGGAAAGAGCGUGAUGUGGACUUGUACUUCGUGGAAACCCGAUGGAGAAUGAAGGAUGUGGUGGUGCGCAUGGACCUACAGCUCUAUCAAGUAGAUCAGUCCAACUACUUAGUUGACUUCCGCAAUGUGGGUUACUAUCGUGCACCGCAAGACGAUCCUGAGACGUUUGUUCCUGCCCCACCUCCCAGCGCCGAAUCACCUAACAGCAAUGGUCUGCCCGGCGACGCGAGUCCCAACGACUUGCGCAAAGUCUCUGGUGAUGUCAGCAGUCCUUUCUUGUUCCUUGAAUGCGCGUGUCGACUUAUCGUGGAGCUCGCCGGGGGUGCGUAAGUUGCACUACGCGAUACCCAACGGGCAACAGGGGUUGAGGGAUGAGGGAUGACUUGGAUCGAUUUGUGAUGUGAUUGUACGCAUUCAAAGGUAUUCCCCUGUUGUACACAAUUUAUAUUCUUCGGAGCAACCUUGCUAUGUAUGCCUAUAGGAUACGACUCUGAA